AUGCUUUCUAACCAUUGUGUAUGUUUUUUGCUUCUAGUUCAUGUGAAGGCGGGAACCUGUGAGGUAAUUGCUGCACACCGAUGCUGUAACAAGAACAAGAUCGAAGAGAGAUCCCAGACUGUCAAGUGCUCCUGCUUUCCUGGACAGGUGGCGGGAACAACAAGAGCGGCUCCAUCUUGUGUAGACGCAUCCAUAGUUGCACAGAAGUGGUGGUGCCAGAUGCAUCCCUGCAUGGACGGGGAAGAGUGUAAAGUGCUGCCAGAUCUCAAAGGAUGGAGUUGCAGUACAGGAAACAAAGUUAAGACGACCAAGGUCACACGAUAGUCGUCUGCUUCCAGGAUAACCAUGUUUGGAACCAGGUGUUAUUUCUUUGACUGACAUCACAGGACAUUUGGAUAUCACAUGUUUUGAGGAUUGGUGGAAACCAGGGACCAACGAGGACAAUAAUCACGGACAUUCCACUGAACAGAUGGAAGAAAAGGACCGGAGCAUUGUACAAGACUACAUAUCCAAAAAGAUUCCUGACUUUAGAUCCAGCAUCAACAGUAGCUGUCUCUGAACUCUACUGCCCACCAAAUCUCUCUUUGUAUUAUAGUUUUAUUCCCAUGGACUAGAAGACUCUACCAUGAAGAUAAUUAUUGACUAAAAGACUGUGGGUUACACAAGAAAAAAAAAAAUCACCCUUAAAUCAAAAUCAUGUGAUGUGAAACUUUUGUGUUAUUUUCUUGCCACAAAGAACCCCAGGACUCUUGAUGCUUAUCUGUGUUGAAGAUCUAGUGAGAUCAUAAGCAUUUUCAUUCCUUUUAGCCUUAUGGAGCAGAUGUCUCUUCUGUUUCUUUUUAGUUGAUUUGAAACUAUUGAGUGUUUGGCUUAAGUUUCUUAGGACGUCAAGUCUUCUUUUCAAAGACAAAAGACAAUACCACAACGAUAAAAAAUGUAAUGAUGUUUGACUACAAGUCACCAAGGGUCAACAAAGCUGAGUUCUGCCAAAAUGUUUUAAUGGUAUCUGUUGUUUUCAAAGCUUGGUGACAACCAUUGAUUACAAAUGUCAGUAUUAUCUCAAUAAAUCUAACUCAAUGGA